AAACUAUACCAGACCCAGAAAAUGGACUAUAGACGAAUGAAAUGACUUUUGUAAUAUGGCCCGCCAGUUAUCCAGCUUUGAGCAUAACGGCCUUAUAUUUUAGUAUUGUGCACUGUAAAGCGUAAAAUUUGGUUAGAAAGGAAUGCAGUCAUUUACAUAAUGCUAAUCAAAUGUCUGAAUGUCAGCACUGUCUGAUACCGGUACGGUAAUGGAAAUGUUCCUAAUAGCUGAAUAGUAAGGAAAUAUAUAGAGAAGUUUAGACAACAUCCUAGUUUCACAAUGAAAAACGCGAUAUCAAAGUCUACCUACUAGUCUACCUCUAAAAUUGUUUUGCAAUGUGGUCCAUAGUCAGAUAGGGUGGAGGCUAACUCGCCAUGGACCACUCGCCAUGCGAUGGCGGUUAACGGGUAUGCCCGCAACUGCACGAAAGCUCUGCUUGUAAUGGGAGAUGGAAAGGUGGCUGUUUCAUUUACAACUUCAAUGGACCUUUCCCCGACAUCAAAACAUCCGUAUUCUCAACUAAUCACAAGCGAGCAGAUGUAAACAAACAUUCUCCGCUGAAAAGAUAACACUGUAACGGCACCGGUACUGUAGUACCUAUUGAAAUUAAUAUAUUUUGAUAUUUUUUUCUUAAUAAUUAAUGCUAAUGAAUAGACAGGUGAAUAUUGUCACUUGCGAUUUCCUCCACUAUCAAGUCCAUGCAUCUAAAACAAAUAACUGGUUAACUAGACUAUUCUCUCAAGUACAUUAUUUACUAAUAAAAUUCUGUUUACUGGUUUAAGAUAAGCUAGUUUGGUGACAAUGAUUUCAUUAAAACUACUGUUCCUUGGUGCAACAUCAGGUAACAACUUGCGGGCAGUCGGAGGAUGUUUCAUUCACACUACAACUUUGAACUAUGGUGUCAAAAAUCCAGGACAAAACAGAAUCAUAAAGGAACACAGUGAAUAUUACAGUGACUACUGGUCCCGGGAUAUGGGAGAAUGGUCAGAUAGAAACAAAAUGCUUUAUCCUCCAUCAGCACCUGGUGAAAUGAUUCGCCCAGCAGAGAUUCACCAUGGUCGAGCAUUCAUAAGACAUUCCCCCAAGAAAAUGUGGUAUACACACAAAUCUGUUCAAUAUAUGAACAUUGAUGAAGCACUUAAAAACCUUGAAACAUUGCCUUACAAAGCAGCUAAAAUUAUUGCAGAAGUAUUGAAAGAGGCACAGGAAGAAGCUGUUACAAAUCACAAUGUUGAAUUUAAGUCAAAUCUUCAUAUUGCGGACAGCUUUGUAUUGCCAUCAGGAAGUCGAAAAAUACCAAGAUAUCACGGUAAAGGCUAUAUGCAUUGGAAUAAAUCCAGAUUUUGCCAUUACUAUGUAAUGCUAAGAGAAGGUCAAGCACCGGAGUAUCAAGUAAAGGACACCGCUUAUGGUAUGGCAGUCCAAUAUUUAAAUAGUUUAAGAAGUAGAACUAUAAUGGAUGGACUCUAACUGGGGGUUCCUUCAGUUCUUACAUGCAUACUGGUUUGUCUUGACAUCAGAAUUUUCUGAAUGGUAUAUGCCUGAGUGGGACGUCUAGGCGAGAUGUGUAUGAUUUGUCCACCACAACCAUUUAUGAUACGAACUUACAAUGUACCAAGUCCAUGCAAAUAAACAAAUAUGUGGUAAACUAUGCUCAUGCCAUGGACUGGUAACCUGACGGACGAGUGGUUCGUAAUAUUAAGUGACUCAACCGGAAUAAAAAUCCUAUCCUGAUGAUUUCUCUCUGUCAGUAAUUCAUAACAAGGGCAACAAAUUGGCUAACAGAUACUAGUGAUAUUGCUUAGACAUCCACAAGUUCUUGCUUGGAUAUGGGUAAAAGACUAAAUUCUCUUGCAGAAGAGUGCAACGCUAAAACAGAAACGACUAACUAAUUGGUCUCAAUAGAAUUAAUCUUUCUAUGUAUAGUCUGAAUGUUGAAACGAAAAAAAUCAUACAUGUGCUUUCGUGGUAAUACCAUAAUAUACUAUAAAUUGCAAUUUUAUUUAAAAAAAAAUGACACUGUUACAGUAAGCUUCAUUUGCUAGGAUGAAAAAUCUGAACAAGAAUUGUAUAUAGUUAAAAUCUGAAACCUAUUCCAUUCUGAUAAAAAAUGAAUAAAAAACACUAUAAAGGUA